UCAGAAAACAGAAAAAUGGCUGAGGCGAGUAUUUCAGUAGAUCAGAAUCAGUUCAACUGUCCAGUGUGUCUGGAUCUCCUGAAGGAUCCGGUGUCUCUCUCCUGUGGUCACAGUUUCUGUAAGGUGUGUAUUAAUGGCUGCUGGGAUCAGGAGGAUCAGAAGGACGUCUACAGCUGUCCUCAGUGCAGAGACACUUUCACCCCAAGGCCUGUUCUACACAGAAACAACAUUCUGGCUGAAAUGGUAGAGAAACUGAAGCAGAAGACUGAAGUCCAAGCUGCUUCUCCUGAUCACUGUUACGCUGGACCUGGAGAUGUGGAGUGUGAUUUCUGCACCAGGAGAAAACACAAAGCCAUCAAGUCCUGUCUGGAUUGUCAGGCUUCGUUUUGUGAAACUCAUCUCAAACCUCAUCUUGAAAUUCCUGUUUUGAAAAAGCACAAGUUAGUCGAAGUCUCUGGAAAUCUACAAGAGAAGAUCUGCUCUGAACAUGAUAAAAUACUAGAGAUCUUCUGUCGUUCUGACCAAAGCUUCAUCUGUUAUCUUUGUAUGAUGGAUAAACAUAAAGGUCAUGACACAGUCACAGUUAAAGCUUACAGAACUGAGAAAGAGAUUGAGUUAAAGGAGGAGCAGAUGAAAUUCCAGCAGAGACUACAGGAGAAACAGAAGAAGGUGCAGGAGCUGAAACAGGCUGUGAACACUAUAAAGCUCAGUGCACAGACAGCAGUGGAGGACAAUGAGAUGAUCUUUACUGAGCUGAUCAGCUUCAUGGAGAAAAAGCGCUCAGAGGUGACAGAGAUGAUCAGAGCUCAGGAGAAGGCUGAACUGAGUCGAGCUGAACGACUCCUGGAGCAACUGGAGCAGGAGAUUAAUGAUCUUCAGAGAAGAGUCACUGAGAUGGAGAAGCUUUCACACACACACGAUCACAUCCAUUUCCUCCAGGAAAUAAAGGCUUUAGUGACUGGUCGUCGCUCUCCUCCAUAUGACAGACCAAAUUUUCAGUCUGAUCUCUGUGAGGAUUCAUCCAGCAUCACUGUCAAUCAACAUCUCUCAUUUUUCAGAGUGAGGAAAUCUCUCUUUCAUCUGAAAAAGAGACUUGAGGAAAUCUGCCAGGAGGAAUUCAUCAAAAUCCCUGAAGAUGUUGAAGAAGUUCAGAUUUUACUCUCAGAGCCAAACAGCAGAGAUGAGUUUCUGAAAUUUGAGGACGUUCAGAUUUUACUCUUAGAGCCAAACAGCCGAGACGAAUUUAUAAAACAUUUCUGUGACCUGACUCUGGAUCCCAACACAGUAAAUCAUCACCUCAUUCUGUCUGAGGAGAACAGAGAGGUUACGUACAGUGAGACGGUGCAGCGAUACUCUGAACAUCCAGAGAGAUUUGACUACUACAGUCAGGUUCUGAGUAAGGAGAGUGUGUGUGGACGCUGUUACUGGGAGGUGGAGUGGAGCAGUCAGAGAUGCGUGCUAAUAUCAGUCUCAUAUAAAGACAUCAGCAGGAAAGGUCGGGGGAUUGAGUGCUGGUUUGGAGGCAACAAACAGUCCUGGAGUCUGGAAUGUUCACCUACUUCUCUCACCUUCUAUCACAACAACAUUAAGACUGAUCUCAGAGUUCCAUCAUCCACCAGAAUAGGAGUGUAUGUGGAUCACAGUGCAGGAACUCUGUCCUUCUACAGUGUCUCUGACACCAUGAAGCUCCUCCACAGAGUCCACACCACAUUCACUCAGCCUCUAUAUGCUGGGUUCUGGCUCUACUGGGAUGUUUUGUGUAAAUCAGAAUCAACUGUGAGGUUGUGUGAUCGAAAAAAAUAAUGGGUUUGUAAUGUUUCAUUCAAUCAUUCAUUUUGUACCACUUAUCUGAACUUCUCGGGUCACGGGCCUAUCUCAGGCAUCAUCGGGCAUCGAGGCAGGAUACACCCUGGACGGAGUGCCAACCCAUCACAGGGCACACAC